GGAAGUGCUCUUGAAUUAAGAUUGCUGUUGGAUAUUUUGCCAUAAUUAAAUUAGAAAUACCUCUUGUUGAAUUAAAACAUUUUUAAAAUAUGUGUAGCGAAAAAAGCAGUUUUCUAUGAUUAUUUAUUCAAUAAUCUUAAAGUGGGUUCGCGACUUAUGUUACAUUGAAAAAAUAUUUCUAUUUUUGUUUUGCAUGUAGCUACUUAUUUUGUUUUUCGUUUCGUAAAUGAACUGGAGUUCUUAACCUUUUUGUUUAUUUUUUUAAGUGCAAUUCAGUGUAGCGUGAAGAUUUUUCGUUGUCAAAAGAUUGAGAAAUAUUGUUAACUUUCUAAACGUCUAAAACUGUGCCAGUGCAAUAGUUUGUGGAUCUGUUUCGUUUCCGAGUGGUGUGGUAUCGUUGUGCCAAAAACAAUUUACACACAAUUGUUUAUAUUCUGUAGUAGUGAACGACAUUUUCAAGAAAAAUAACUAGAAAUCAAGUGCACACUGCAGACCUGCAUAUCAUUUUUGAAAAAAGAGUUUUUUAUCUUUUUUUAUUAAAUGAUAAUUUGGCUAAGGUAUCUCAUGUACACACAACACAAGACAUCAGAUGUUAGUGCUUCGCAACUUAAAAAAGCAUCAACAUCAUGAGAAGAGUCUUCGGGGUCUGCUCAGAUGGGUGGCUGCUCUGUGGACAGAAUGUGAGGAGCUAGUGUUACGAGGCUGUCUCUAGAUGUUGUCUGGCUCGCCCCACGGUUCGGUGAUGUCCUGUCAGUCCCUUGCAACCAGGGCCUUUGUGGAUUCCGAAAAGGACGCCAUGACGCAGUGCGCGACCUUCCACAGGUCGGUGCGAUUCAGUUCAGAUUCCCGAAGCUCGACGCGGCACACGGCAGACCUAGAAUGCAAGAGAGAAAACUCUGGUUCCACGUCGCUGACGGCGCUGGCCCCGACGCCCGUCUCGCAGGGCAGCAUGAGCCAGUCCGCGCCGGCCGCUGCCAACACCUUCGACCUUGAGUCGCCGACGGGCGGGGGCGGCGCCUGCCGGUUCCCGAAGCUGGAGGAGUGCGCGCAUUUCCACUACGAGCGGGUCGCGCUGGGCGGCCUGGCGCUGCUGGCGCUGCCGGGCGACGAGCGGGCCGCGGACUCCGGCGACGAAGGAUGGAUCUGCAUACAAGUCCGCUCGCACGUCAGCUCCCCUCAGGAGUCUGAGGGUCGACAGUGGACCCUCAUGAGGAACAGGGACAACUUGCUACAGUUAGACGACUUACUGCACAGGUGCAUCUACGACCGCAAAGUGUCCGGGCUGCCCAACCUGACGGAAAAGCUGUCGGGCCCGCUGCCCCCGGAGGAGGAAUACCAUCGGCUGAUAGCUGACUACCUGCACCACCUGUCCAUCAUAGCCGACGACUCCAUCAACUGCGGGCCCGUGCUUUACUGGAUGCAGAUGGACAAUAAGGGUCAGCGGCUGCUGGUCGCCAACGAGGACUCUAGCUCCAUCAACACCCCGGCCGUGGCCGCCGCCUACUCCGUCAGGAAGUACGUUUCGCAGGCUCGAGAUGAAAUCAGCUUUGAAGUUGGCGACAUGAUAUCCAUCAUCGACAUGCCAGGUCCGCAGGAAUCGGUGUGGUGGCGCGGGAAGCGCGGGUUCCGGGUCGGCUUCUUCCCGCGCGCCUGCGUCGCUGUCAUCGGGGACAAGGUGCCGCGCCACAUGACGCAGCCGCCCCCCAUCGUUGGCUCGGUUGCUAUGGCGCCCAUCAAGCCGGUACUCCGAAAGCACGGGAAGCUCAUAUCGCUUUUCCGGAGCUUCAUACUGUCCCGACCCUCGCGCCGCAGCCUCAAGCAGCAAGGCAUCCUGAAGGAGCGGGUGUUCGGCUGCGACCUCGGGGAGCACCUGCUGAACUGCGGACACGACGUGCCCGUGGUGCUGGUGGAGUGCGCCGAGGCCAUCGAGAGCGCAGGUGCAGUGGACGGCGUGUACCGGCUGUCGGGCGGCGCCGGCCUCACGCAGCGCCUGCGGGACGCCUUCGACGCGGGCCGGCCCCCCGACCUGCGCCCCGCCGCCGCCACCGACCCCCACGCCGUGCCCAGCCUGCUCAAGAUGUACUUCAGGGAACUGCCCAACCCGCUGUGCACGUACCAGCUGUACGAGAGCUUCGUGCGCGCCGUGCAGCAGCCGGACGAGGCGAGCAGGCUGGCCGCCGUGCGCGACACCGUGGUCAAGCUGCCGCCGCCGCACUUCCGGACCAUGGCGUACCUCAUGCGGCACCUGCGGCGCGUGUCGCUGCAGAGCGCCAGCACCGGCAUGACGGCGCGCAACGUGGCCAUCGUGUGGGCGCCCAACCUGCUCCGAGCGCCGCGCCCGCAGCACGCGCUGCACGGAGUCGCCGUGCAGGCCGUGGUCACUGAGUUCCUGAUCUGCUACGCGGAGGAGCUGUUCGCGCGGGAGCAGGGAGCCGCCCCCCCCAGCCCGGAGCAGACACCAGAGCCGGAGCCAGCGAUCGAGUUCAGGGGGAUGGAGCCGGUCCGAAGGCCCAAGAGUCUGCCUGUCACGCAGCACACCAAACUGCUGAGCUUGGAGGAAGCACGUCGCCGCGGCCGUCCCCCCGCGCCCCACUCCGCACCCCCCGUGCCACCCGCCGACCCCACUCCCGUUCUGCGGCCGCAAGGGGACGUUAAGCCCAAGUAUAUCGAGGUCGGCUCCGGACCCAACAACCUGCCGCAGUACCACACCGUGCUGGAGCUACCCGCCACGGGCAGGAAGCGCGGCGUGAAGCGGUCCCCGUCCGGCUGGCGCGGCAUCUUCACCCGGAACAAGCAGCGGCCGGCGGACACCCCCACCCUCGCCAUGGAGGAGAGCAGUGCCAUCAAGUCGUGCGAGUCGCUCUCGGACGGCGAACCGGCGGCGCCCGGGGACCGCCCCGCGACCCCCGCCCCCCGGCAGCACGCGCGCUCGUCGUCGUGCGACUCGUACUUCGAGCCGUGGCAGGCCGAGCUGGCGGGCAUGCGGCUCCGCCUGUGCGCCCAGGAGCGGGACCAGCACAUCUUCAGCGAGGAGGACGACACCGCGGUCAGGCAGCAGGAGGAGUCCGCGAGCUCGAGCCCGCCGGAGUCCGGCCUGUCCAGCGUCGAGCCCAGCCCGCGGCGGAGUCUCCGAGUGGACAUCAAGGCUGCCAACGAGUACGCCAACAAGUAUGUGCGGGGAACACGCGGUACCGCUCGGCUGACGCUGUGGACGGCGGAUCUACGGGAGCUCCAAGUGCCGGAGUGGCCAGGUGUUGCGCAGCGCCCGGAUGAAUGGUCCGACUCCGCGGAGCACCUGCAGUACAUAGACGCGGAGUCGCCCAGACGAGCCCCCCCGGAGAAGCGCCUGCACCAGAACACGCACGACCAAGUCAAAAGAGUGUGCAGGGACCGCGCCGACCCACGCGACCCCCGCAACGAGCUGCCGGAAGAUCCCCCGCGCAACCCCCCUCCCUGCAUCCCAGACGAACCCCCGCGUGCGCCCACCGCCGCGCCGCCUGCCGCCGCGCCGCCCGCCUCCGCGGUGAAGCUGAGAGAGCGGAGCUCGCCCCGGAGGAUGAGGAAUGGCAGGUACAGCGGGGUGCACCACUGCUCUGACGACAGGAACGUCACCAUCAACCGCCUCAGCUGGCACGGGAAGGACGGACAUUCGACCCUCAUUAAAAUCGACUGGCCCAUCGAGAAUAUAUCUGUUGGCAACCUCACGACCAGCACCCUCAACUCCAGCCCUCUCACCCCGACCACCCCCCUGUACGGCCCGCUGGAGAGCGACUCCGAGCACUCGGACUCCAACAAGCGCACCAUCAGGGUCAGUGACGGCGCCUGCGAGGGGUGCGUUGACGAGAAAUGCCUCAAGUGUGAGCUGCGCGGCGCCGAGCGCGGGCGGACCCACGCCAAGGUCAUGACCUCCUCGCACGAGAGCUCCUCCAGCUACUCCAACAGCCUCCAGCAGGACGAGCUGUACGAGUGCUGCACACGGCCCGACUACAUUAACCUACAGUCUUCCAGCACCAGUAAGAGCUCGCCGGGCUCUCCCCUGAAGAGUCCUUUAAAAUCAACAAUCAGCAUCACGUUCAGAUCCCCCACCAGAGACAGCGACGGAGCUGAAGGCGCCUCAAGCGAUAGCAGAGACUCGGUGUACGAAGACAUCGAUCUCGAGAAGAACCUGUCCAUAGUGGAGGACGCGCCCGUGCCGCAGAAGGACGCCAGCCUGCCCACGCAGCAGGCCUGCCAGCCCCAGGACUUCGUUCAGGACUUGAUCAUCUUAGAGACGCCGCUAGAGACACACUUCGACGCCGACCUGUACAGCCAGGUUAAGUUCUUCAAACAGAGCAUCGAGGAGGUGAAUGCGCUGGUGUCGGACGCGCCCGCCGCGGACCGGCACUACGAGAACGUGCGCUUCCAACCCGCCACCAACGACUACGAGAACAUCAACGUGCGCGAUGCGGUCGACAGCAGGCUGGGGACCGACGAGGGGGACGCGGACCUCGCCCCCCAUACUGAGAACGGCAACGUCGAUGAAUCCAAAAACUUAAACGUCAGAGAGUUGGCCGUCAGGUUCGAAAGUCCGACAGAGCAGAGGCAGGCCUUCACCUUCCAGAAGUUCAAAGCUGAAAUCAAGUAUCCCAGCCUAGAGCGAGACGAGCCCCCGGGGACGCGCCGGCCCCCCGGGUCGGGCCGCCUGUCCCGGGGGGCCGGCAACGCUCGCUCGCUGGACGAAAGCGCUUUCACGAAAGAGUUCGGCGACAGAACGUACGUCGACCGAAGGAAAAGCUUAGAAAUGAACUUGAAGAAGAAACUGCCCGAUCUGAACUUGAACAUCCAAGAGGUCGAAGCGAAGGGCGGCACCACGCCCGCCACCGAGAACAAAAUAUCCUUAGUGCAGCGCUUCCAUGAGAAGAGGAAAACGGACAUCAAAACCCUGAUCGGAGUGGACACGGAGAGGAAGCUCAGCAGGGAGCGGAUAGAGAAGUACAAGGAGGAGCGGCGGAUGUUCCUCCGCGAGAAGUACAGCUCGCAGUCGUUCCGCAGCAGCCCCGAGCAGCUCACGAGGAUCAAGAUCAAAAAAGACGACUGCAGGAUAGACGACCUCCCGAAGUUCGAGAGGAGAAACACCGUGGACUUGGGUCAGAGGAUGAGGUACAGCCUCGCCAGGGGCUCGCCCGACCCGGCGCUCCCCGCGGCGCCGCCAUCCCCAGAAGACAAACUGUCUCCGCACUCCAUCCGGGACAUGGCGGCCCUGUUCGAACACAAGUCGCAGCGCACGGGCUGACCCUAGCGAUAUUAUUUGUUUAUUAUUUAAACGUUCUUGUGGUGAAAUCUUAAAAAAAAACAUUUUACUUAUAAAAAUUCGAAUAAAAUGUAAGUUAAAAAAAACAUGAGUUGCAAAUUAAAAUGCCAACGCACAACGACCGAGCGCCAGUUGUGGUGAUGACCGUGGACCGCUGUGGGGCAACCGCUCUAUCAUCAAGUGACGUGGUUGAGUGCAAGAUGUCUCAUCUCGCUCAAUAACUUGUUAUAAAACAAAACCCGCAAUGUAUUGUAAAAUUAUUAUUUUUAAGAUUUUAUCAUAAAAUUCUGAAAUACUCUUGUUAUGUCAUACAAUAAAAUAUGUAAUUAUUAUGUACAUAAUAUAUGUGUUAAUUAAUAAAUAUAUUUUGGGAAACCAUUUUAAAUCUCAACUGAGAAUCUCAUAGUAAGUUCACUAACCUGCUCCCCGCUGAGCACACAGGGUCCUGCAACCAACGGACCGCGGGUUCGACACUGGGGACUCAAUAAAUCGCGUGUAAUGUGUUCACUUGUCAUUGAUAUUCUCAUAACCAUUUAUUUCAGAAAACUAGAAACAUAAAAUUUUCAAAAUAUAUUUAUAUCAAUAUAAAGAAAUGGUCUCACGCUGUCAAAUUUUUGAAGUCUUUUAAACGUUUUUGUUGUUACAUUUCCUCUGCCUCUCUGUAGUCAAAUAAAUGUUAUUUAUUAGAUAAACCUCACAAAUUCUAUGAGUAAAAUAAUUUAAUUAUUUCUUUGUAUUUAUAGUACAACAAGGUAACAGUUUGCUUGUAACUAAUAUAUCUUGUUGUUGAAAAAUAAAGUCUAAUAAUCUAAUAUCUAUUUGAGUUAAUAAUGUUAAGGACGCGCGCGGACCAUUACAUUAUUUAUUUUAUACAUAUAAUUAUUUUAUAAUUAAGAUGAAGCUUUUGUUACGUUAUUUAAUUUAUUAUUAAAUGAAGAAAGUUUAAAUGUUAAUUUAGUAGAAUACCAAAUAAUUGUAAUGUAAUUAUAAAUUGGUUUAGUUGCCCGUACUUAGGUUACCUCGGCUGCGGACCUCGUUAUGGACUCGGGAACUUAUUGACAGUGUUAUUGGUAACGGGGAUGCCGACCCGACUCGAAGGCCUUUCUACAAAUAUUAAUUCAAAUGAAGUAUGAGGGUCGUAUUUAGUGGGGGGUCAUUCAUGUUUGCGAAAUGAGUUCCGAAAUAACAAUUUUCACUUUUUAAUGAUUAAAUAUAACACGUGCAGAGGUGUACUAAAGGAAUAUUAAAAUAAAUUAAUUCGAUUUUUGCUCCCAAUUUAGAGAAAUCAUUUGAAACUGUGUUGCUUUGUGGGAGUCCUCUGUAGUCUGGUUGUCGUACUCUGGCGAGGGGAGUGAUGUCUCUGCAGACCUGGACCACUGGAACGAGAACACAGACUUUCAAAUGGAAAAAAGAAGUUCUGAUGCAACACAUAAACUCAAUACAGUCGAAUUGAUAAUCUUUCUUUUUUAGGGCGGUUAGAAAUGAGAAUCGCGUUGAAUAUUUUCAUGCGUAAACCGUCGCAGCUUCUGGAGGUGAGGAUAUACGAAUCGAAACCUAAUUGGACUGCCUGUGUGUUGCUGCGCCUCCGUGCGCCCCCGUGCGCACUUCUUGUUAACAUCUCAGCACUGUGGUGUAUUUAUGUACAUUUUAAAAGUUAACGUGUAUUGUGGUAUGAUAUUAUGUACAUAUAAUUAAUUAUUUUACAUCACAAUUUAUAAUUUAUAAUCGCGAAUUUGUUAAAAAAAAUGUUGCCAUAAUAAAUAUGAGGAAUCUGGACAGUUGCAUUUAUAUAAAAUUAAUAAAGGAAAUACAACGGAGGCUUUAUUUGUUUAUGCCGUGAGGGGGCUGGUUUCUGCUGCUCCAGUUGAUAUAAUGAAGGUUGUGGCGAUUGUGAAUAAACACAAUGAGGCACGUUGAGUCAUUGGGAUGUUUUGUAUAAGCAUAGUUGUCUUGUAUUAGCGGUUCUUUUGUUGCGGCGUCACGUGUCCCUGCCUUCGUACUGUGAGCCCACGUGAGCAUUGAGCACUAGCGGCCACUGGCAGUACACUUCGCGUCGUGUGCGCCGCCGUCUCCAGACAACUACCUUCAGCUAACACGAAAUUUGCUGACGGAUAAAGGAUAGAGCUAAUAAUGAGCUGUGACCCCAGAAUAUGUAUUUUUAAGUAAAAUUUGUACUAUUUUUUUGGUUGCCAGAAAUAAAGGCCCUAUCCCCUAGUCGAGACAGUAAUGUGGCUAAUGUUAUCGCCCCCGGUCGCCUCACCUCAUGUAUUUGAUACGUUGUUUAUUUUUGGUAAUCAAAGUUAUAGUCGCGAAAAAAAUAUUAGGUAUAUCUCAAACGAUUUAAUAAAAAUAAUUAUAUGAGAAAAAAGUCAUUUUCAAACUUAUAUUAUUGUUGAAGUGGGUGAAUUGAUUUUUUAAUGUAAGUAUAAAUGUCUUGUUUGGAAUCUGAUUUGGGGUUAAUAUCCUAUGUGUCCUGGCGGAUUUGUGACGCAUUGUCGCACCAGACACCAGAAAGUCGCUCUUAGUUGUUUCUAAAACUAUGAUCCUUAGACUCGGAUUUGUAAUAUAAAUAUUGGACUGUAUGCUGCGCCACCCCUACAUCAGUGACCCCGCUCUCGCCCAGGCGGGUCACGAAGCCAGCGUCUUCUCUGGUUAGAAUACAGGAUGGUCGACAUUCUGAUGCAAGACAACGCGUCUACGGUUUUGUAUAUAAGGUCCUGUCAGACCGCGGCGGACCCCGGGGAGGCUUACGUCCGGGUCGAUGAAGUUGUCACUCUUAGAAUUUGUCUCCUCAAUUAUACGCUGUUGUCGAAUCUAUGUAAUUCUAUGAUUAUCCACGUGCGUCUCCAUGAACAUUGAAAGCGCUUGUUUGAGCAUUAAGACAUCGACAUUUUUCCCGAAUCGAUUCGAAACAAGAUUUUGUUAAGGAAAUAAAGCUUUAAGCAACUUUAAUGUACGAGCUACGCGCGGACCGAAGUCGGCUACGAAGUGACCCCUCAUUUACUGAAAAAUUACCCAAUUUGGAGAUCAUGUCUUGGAAAUUGUCGAAAAGAUUCCCUUUCCUUCAAUAUGAGGACUCAUAAAUGAGAUACUCAAAUUACUCGGAUAACAACAAUCAAACGAGUCAGAGAGUGAAAAAUAAUGCUCAGAAUUAUAUUUAUUGGAGAAUACGAAUUACUGCGAACGUGAUAUAAAUUGCAGUAUUUAAUGAAUUUGUGCGAUAAUACUGGUUUUCAAUUCGUUAUUAUCGGGUUACUUAUGUGACAUAAAUAAUGAAGCUAUAUUCAUAAUUGGUGCAUGGGUAUCAUGAAAGCUAUUCAACAAAUUUCUAAUUUACAAUAAUUUCUUAAUUAAUGAAUGCUUAGGACACUAGGGGGUAAUUUCCGUGGGGGUCAAAACGCGUCUGAUUUCGGUCCUGUAUAAAUAUCUCUUGUGUAAAUUAUACAAACUAUGUUUACCUAUAAUAAUAGGCUUGUGUAGAAUGUAGUGAUAACAAAAAUGGAAUAUACACGAAUAAACAAAGUAUUAAAUUGAA